AUGGAAAUGAUGAGUCUUAAGAAGAAGUUAACAGCUGUGAAGACAGGCGCAGCAAGUAUGGUGAAAAAGGUCUUGACCUUAGAGAAAUUAUUCCAGUUGUUAAGUCAGGAGGAGCAUGAUACCCUUCUUCAUAUGAGUGAUAAAGAAGAGAAGGCAGAUGAGAAGAUCAGUGAAGAGAGAAUAGAUGAGAAUGAGAUGAAAGAAAAUAAUAAAGAUAAAGAGUUAGAAUUUCAGACAGAUAAGCUUCUGACACUAUUAACUUAUCUUUUCAUGUAUAAAGUGGUCAAAGACUAA